AUUACCUCGCUGGAAGGGGCUUGGUCUUGGAAAAUAUUCGGCAGCUUUACCGGCGAAACCCUCUUUGAGGAUAUAGCGUGUGCACCAUCAUAUGCAAGCGUUGAUGCGGGCCAGCUUGGGGUCCUCGUUUGCUCACCGUCGGCUGAAGAGGAUGCUAUACACCCAGUAUACAAGGUUGGGUAUCCCGCAGUCAUUCUUGAAAUCCUGGCAGACGAUGGAACUGCUAUCAAGGAGGCCGGGGUUCGGGGCAAUGUGGUUGUCACGCAACUAAUCAGACGUCUUCAGCCAAUCAUCCGCUAUCCUGUUGGGGAUGUCGCGGAGUGGGUUGACUACGAUGCUCAGACGCCGAAGCACCGUGGAAGAGCCUCUAUCGCUGUUAAAAUCGCAACAACAUUUCUUGAUCUGCCAUUGAUGAAAACGACCGUUGCAAGGGAAAUCAAGGAGAGCGUCACGGGGCGGUUUCAAUGCAUUGUUCGCCGCGAGAAUUCUCUGUAUGUGCUGGCUUUUCGACUUGCAAUCACAAAGCCAGAAAAUGCCGAUCAACUUCGUGACAAUAUUGAUAAAGCCCUUGGGGAAGCGUCACCAAAAUGGAAGAGAGACCAGGAAGGGGGAGCUAUUGCUCCAUUGCGCCUGGAGUGGGUCAAUAUUGGCGAAUUGAUAUAUCAUGAAAAGAGUGGAAAGCUCAAGGAAAUCGUCGAGGAAAGAUAUUGA